UCCGGAGUAGUACCUAUUUAUUACUAUAUGAUUAUUAUUAUUAUUCCUACCUAUAGGUAUUAUUGUUAUUAUUUUUAAUUAAUCGUUUAUCGCAUCAUAAUAUUAUUAUUUUUGCCAUGAUUGUAAAUGGAACUUUUGUGGUUUGGUUGUUUCUGGAACAGACUACGUCACCUACGGUCAAAAGUCUGUCAUAGAACACGGGUUCGCCACUAUACGAUGUUAUCGCCGACCAGUUGCGUAUAAAAGCGCAUUCGACCGACCAACAAUCAACUAGUCUUUCAUCUUAGCCAUCCGGGUAGACCUAAAGGUACCUACUACCUACGCCAUUUAUAGUUGAACGAUUUCACGCAUUCGUGCCGUGAGUACUCUCCACUCGUAGUAAGAAAGACCAAUUCGUGAGGACCCUACAUGAACCGGCCAGCGGCCGAUCUUUGUAAUCGAUCUCACCGGACUCACCGAUGUUAAUUUUCUUUCUUUUGCUUUCUGUAUAAGUAUUGAUUGAAUUCUUCAAACUCUUUUAUUCGUUUUUUCUGCUCAUCAGUAUAAUUUUCAAAUAAUCAUACUCUUUGUAAAAAUAUACUCAAAUUUUUAAACUUCUAACUCAAACCACUUCAAAACCUUGAACUUUUAUCGCUCUCUCGCUCUUUUUUCUCCCUCUUGUAUUUUUUAGUCCAUCAGUCACAUUCAACAAUUAUUAUUAACUCGAACUCUAACAAAAAAACAUAUAUUAAACACAUUCGAGGUUUUGGAUUAUUUUUUACUGCUAGAAAAAUAAAUUAUUAAUAGUAGUAUAAAUAAAUUCUAAAAUAUUCUUAUAGAAACAAAUACUAAUGAACACACGGUCUCCGCCCAUAACCGUUUGUCGUUUGCAAUGAUUUAUCAUUUAAUUCAAAUUGAACACAUUCAUUUUGACCUACUCAAUGGACAAUGACAAGCCUAGAAACAUUUACUAUAUAAAGCCGACCGACUUCCUCGGUUUUUUAAACUAUAAACCUUGAUCUUGGUACCUACUACCUACCUUAGCAUAAAUGUAAGAAUUACAUGAAAUAACAAAUAAGGUGAUUAUAAUUUAAUCUACCUAAGAAUAAUCAUUACACAGAAUACUUAGUUCUCACAUAAUAUAUAAACACUCGAUUUCGCAUUAAAAUGUUGGACAUUUUUACCAUUAAUGCGCAUUGCGCAUCUACAAUAAGUCGUGCAAUAAUUAUUAUGUUACUAUACCUAUACAUAUAUUAUAAUAUUAUAUUAGAUUAUAAUACUACCCACGUUGUUUUUUACGCGACUACAUAAUAUUAAUAUGGACGUAGCACAUUUUGUUUCGUUUAUGAUGAGUAUUAAUCCGAGUUAAAUGAUAUAUUAUGUUUAUAUUGCCAUAUACAGCUCUAUUAUGCUAUAACCUAUAUGAUGCGUAUUAUAUAUUAUAUACUGCGCACACACGCAUAUCUGCAGUAUAAAUUUGUGUUUGAUAAGACGUACUUCAUCCAUUUCGGCUAUAUGCGAUGCAUUUUUUAUAAUCAAAAAGGGAAAAAACGGAUGAUGAUUAAAAUGUACAGUAUAUUAUUAUCACUAAUAUUAGUGGGAAACAACUCAUAAAAUACGUGUAAUAAAUCAAUAAUAUAAUAAAAUUGUUAUGCUUUCGGUGUGACAACUAAAUAUCAGGACAUAUUUAUGAGCUUACCAGCUUACGACGUUAGUCAUAGGUGAACAAAACAUCGCGUUUUUCUUUCUAUUCACAUAUUCAGACGUCAAGCCUUAUAUAAUAUAUAGAUACUGGAGAGAGACACGGAUAAACCGACAUAAUAGAGGAUGUAUUGUGAUAUUGCGAACGUCAUACGAUGGCGCAAACAAUAUAUUUGGCCGGGUAACAAGUAGGCACCCGGAAUACAAAAUAGUAAACAUGGAACGCCUUUUUUUUUCAUUAUUAUUCAUUUUAACGGGCUAAAGCCUAAAAACGGUUUUAAAUAAGCAAUAAGCAUAAUAACAAGGUGCGUUUACACAGAAACAAAAUAAUAAUACAGAUGAAGAAAUUUAACAUUGAACAAUUCAUGAAUAUUAUAAUAAAACGCAUAAUUCACAUAAUAUAAAAUCGUAUAAUAUAAUAAUUAAUAAUACAUUAUAUUAUAAUAGAUACUGACGUGAGUAGGUAUCUUGCGAAAUGCUUAUCACCGUCGACUAUUAUAGUAUUAUACUAUGCAAAGCACUAUACAGUUAAUGUACACUGUAUGCUUAGUUUAUAGUUAUAUUAUGGUCUAUGGUAGCCGGUAGGGUUUUGGAUUUCUAGAAAGUUGUCAUGGGGAGUGUAAUAAUGGGGAAUCAUAAGCCCCUACUGCCGGCCAUCGUUUGUGUAUCGUCACAGUUUAUCUGUUCCAAAAUAUCGUACAUGGUUUGCGCAUCAAUACAUCGAACAUUAUAUAUGUGCAGUAUAUAAAGUUAUUGAAAAUUAUAUAAGUUGAAAGUACAUCAAAUAUAAAGAACUUUUAAUACCAAAUUCUGAUUGAACUUAAAAAUUCAACAAUAUUGCACAAUACUAACUCACACAAUAAAUAUUUGUUUACAAAAUUGUUCAUAAUAAUGCCGGGUUGCAUGAACAAUCACAUUUUUGAAUCAAUAGCGAGCUAUUGGUCAUUUAAACAUGAUUUAGUGGCAUGAUUUUUUAUUGUUAUAAUUUUUUUAUUUUUUUGUUUUUUUUUUAACGAAAACACACAUUUUUAAUUCUUUAUUCUAAAACAGAAUAUUUUUUGGAGUUCUUUGAUGUAUAAAAAAUUGAAUUUUGGACAAGUGGAUUAUGAGUUAAUGAGUUAUAUUAAUUAUACUAGUUAACUUAUAUUAAGUUAUAAGUAUUUAAAGGGGUGGAGUGGUACAGGGAUACCCCAAAAAAUAUUGGUCUACUACUUCACUCAUCUAAAACUUUAAAUACUUAUAAGUUAUAAGUAAAUACAGGAUUUAUAUUCUCUUAAAACACCUAAAAUAUAAUGCUAUAAUAUUCCCCAAAAAACCGAAUAAAAACAUAUCGUCUAGACUUAAAUAUUGUGUACGUCUGAUAAAAAUGUUGGUGUAUGAUUUUUCCAUUAUUUUACCGAUUAUGUUAUGAUUCUCUUAAUAUACUAUUGAUCGUUUAUUGCGAUAUUCAUAUGGUGUGCUGGAGGUUUAUAUACUUUAUACCUAGUGAGAACUGAGAGUUUUCAGCUAGGAAUACUAAAUUAAACACCUGCGUUGUAAUAAUAUAUACCGCAGUGGAAUGUGUUUAACAUAAUAAUAAAAUAUUAUUUUACUACAUGUCCAUACCUACCUACUUUUCGAGUGUCACACGCAUAGGUUUUUCGUUAUCAAUAUGUCCAUCUGAGCUUAUAUAUUAUUAUCAUGUUUAUUGCUUAUAUACAUUUAGUUGAAAUUUACAAUCGCCUCGCCCCUAACCGAUCGUGUGGUCGGGUGCAUUGUUUGGCGUAACAAUGGCUGCGACGGCACGUCUUAUAUUAUUAUUAUUAUUAUUAUUAUUAUUAUUAUAUUAUGGUGUAUCGCCUGAGGACAGAAAAAUAAUGAAAUAGAUGGAGCGAAGAGAAGGACUAAAGGUACGGCCCCACUGAACGCGAUUUGCGAUGCAAGCGAUUAUGCGAGCGAUAUUUUCCAGCGAUUUUUACGAUUUUGGUGGGGCCAGUCCCGCGUUUUUAUUGUUUUGUGGCGAAUGGUUUUAAUCGCCAAGAUGACUUCGUUCAAUUCAAACCGCGUGCGUAAAAUACUUUUAUCCGAAAGUUCUGCUUCAAUAGAAGCAAAAGUUGAAAUGUUUAAAGAACGUUUAUGGGUACAUGAAUUAAAUACAAAUAGAGAAAAAGAAGGUGAAUAUCAUACUCUUUUUUCUAAACUAAAAAAGCAUCCAGACAAGUUUUUUGAGUACUGCCGUAUGGAUGAAGAAACUUUCAACAUAGUACUUGAUGCUAUUAAAGAUACUAUACAAAAAUCAGAAACAAAUUUCCAAAAGCCUAUAUCAUCAGAAGAGAGGCUUUUAGUUACUCUGAGAUUUUUGGCUACUGGUUGUAGUUUUAGAAGCUUAGCUUUCACUUUUAGAAUGGGAAAAACUACUAUUUCAAAAAUUGUAGUAGAGACAUGUAGUGCUAUUUGGGAUAAAUUAUUCCCUACUUAUUUGCCGGAACCUACAGUUGAUAUGUGGAAAUCAAAUUCCAAAAAUUUUUAUAAAAAUUGGAAUUUUCCGAAUUGCCUUGGAAGCAUCGAUGGAAAACAUAUAAGGAUUAAUCAGCCACAAAAUUCGGGUUCAAUGUACUACAAUUACAAGCAUUUUUUUUCUAUACAUCUACUUGCUGUUUCUGAUGCAAAUUACAAAUUUGUGAUGGUUGACAUUGGUGCGUAUGGCAGGGAAAGCGACGGCGGAGUUUUAAAAAAUUCAGAAUUUUUCAAAAAACUUCAAAAUAAAAAACUGAAUAUUCCUAAUAAUGCAGAACUUCCAAAUACCAACAUCAAAGUACCAUACACAUUCAUAGGCGAUGAAGCAUUUCCAUUAUUAGUUAAUAUAUUACGACCAUAUCCUGGCAAACAACUCAUAAAUAAUAAUAAAAAAAAAGUAUUUAAUUACAGACUUUCACGGGCAAGGCGCACAGUUGAAAAUACUUUUGGUAUUCUAUCCUCGAAGUGGAGAAUAUUAAAUAAAGCCAUCGAAACUAAUAUUGAAAAUGCUAUUAUAAUUACAAAAGCAGUAUGCAUAUUGCACAAUGUAGUAUUAACGCAUAAUAAACAACCAAUACAAAAUAUUAUUCAAAAUUUAUCUGAAGAAAAAGUUGCUAAUAUCUCUGACGGCAGAAGAAAUAAUAGAUUUAGUACAGAUGCCAGAGACACUAGAGAAAUAUUCGCCAACUAUUUUAUUAGUGAGUAUGGUUCAGUUCCUUGGCAAAUGGACUAUAUUUAACAGUAGGUAGAUAAUGUAACUUUGAUAAUAUCAUAUAGAUAUAGAUAGGUAUUACAUUUUUAAAAUAUUUAUUUGACUUUUGUCACAGGUAUCAAUUUAUUUUUUAAAUUUUAAAACGUUUAAUACCUAUAGGAUAGGGACCUACCUAGGUAUUAUUAUAUUUGAUCAUUUUUUUUUUUUUACUUUAUUUCGUUAUUAAACUUAUUUACCUAUAGUGAAAUAUACUGCAACGAUGUAAUUGUUCGUCAAUUUUAAAUUUCAAUCAAAUCGUGUUACUAUUUUAAAACCAAAAAUAAACUGGAAUAAUCAUUAUUUUCAUUUAAACCGUAGGUCUGGAUUAUUUAUAUUUUGUAUUUGUGUACAUUAUAAUUUAUAAGUAACUGCUCGUAUAUUAGACUUCGACUUUAUUAUUAAAAAUAGAAUAAUUACAUAUGGUAAGCUUAUUCAAUUGAUUCAAAUGUAAUUUCCCAAUCGGCUAUCUAUAAUAUUCUAUCGAGUACCUAUCAACCUAUUCUUAACUAUUUUAACUAGUGUACUGUGUAAUUGAUUAUAGUAUAAUUUAUAAUUUAUAGUAAGUUUAUACGUACUAAUGUAUACAUUUUAUUGAUUAAUAAUAAUUUUUAAUAAUUUUUAUUUAUAAUCAAUGUAUAUGGUUGACGGUUGUAUAUGUUCAAUAAGCUAUAAGUAUCAGAAUAAUAUUAUAUUGUAAUACCAAUAGGUACCUAAUGACUGAUGUACGAUGUACCUAUACUUUUUAUAAAGUUUGCAAUAUUGCUUAUAAAUUAUAAUAUUAUUUAAUUAUUUAUUCCUUAUAAGUUUAUAUAACUUAUACUUACUUUUAAGUGUUUAAUAAAUAAAGCUAUAUGCCAAUAUACGUAAUAUGUGAAAUAUUAAAAUAAAGUGAACUUGGAUAAAUUUUGUAUUUAUUUUUGUAAUAUAACCUGCAUUGUACCUACUUACCAUCUACAAUCAUCUCUUUGCUUAAAUCAGACCAACACUGUUGAAUAAUGGUCCUACUUCUAUGACCAGCAUGGCGAGGGUUCCAGAUUGGUUCUUUUAAAAAAACUGCUGCAGCUAAUUUUUCUGGAUCAACCGACAUCGUGGGCUUUUCAAGAGCGAUUAAUCGCAUGAAAACAAACUAUUUUGAUUUAUUUGCGUUAAAAGCGAUAUAUCGUAAAACGCAAAACGCGAAACGCUGACAGUGUGGCCAUGUCAUAGUUAUUCUAUAGUUUUGAUAAAAUCGUAAAAACGCAAAACGCAAUCGCAAAACGCAAAAUCGCAAAUCGCGUUCAGUGGGGCCGUACCUUAACG